CAGACAUUCAUCUCCUUGACAACUUCGAGUUCAUGUACAAUGUGGUUUGUUUUGAUCUGUAGCUUUAGCUGAUAGAAGGACAACAAAUCAUGAUAAAAUUAAUAAUAUUUUGUAAAAUCGAUGAGGGUAAAUAGUCUUCUGUUUUUAGACAAUGAACCUCAAAAAUGUAACAUUUAGUUGACCAACAUCUGAGGCAAAGAUGUCUGCUCUGAGUCUAAAAGCAGCUAGCCCAACAAAUCUUAAACCUUUCAUCUUCCGUCUCAAUGAUAAUGGAUGUGGACCAGAAGUUGUUCAGAAUAUCUUUUUAGACAAAGGAUGGGAAGAGUUUGACGAGGAAAAACACAAAAAUUAUGAAUGGAACAUUUGGUGGAGGACAAGUCGUUUCCGUCUAUCCGAUUAUCAUGAUAUAUAUCCUUGGCAACGGCUCAACCAUUUCCCGAAGACAACAGGGAUCACCAAGAAGGACACUCUUGCACGUAAUAUGAAGCGAAUGAGAGGUGUUUAUGGUCCGUCUGUAUUUAACUUCACCCCACUCGGCUUUAUUUUACCCAAUGAUUAUACAAAAUUUGUCGCAGAGUAUUCCAAAUUGCGACAGUCAGAUAACAAUGCUGAAAAAUACUGGAUUUGCAAACCUGCAGAUUUAUCUCGUGGCCGUGGUAUCUUCUUGUUCAAAGAUCUGUCAGAAUUAGCUUAUGACUGUUCAGCUGUCGUUCAACGAUAUAUAUCAAACCCGCUUCUCAUUGGUGGAUACAAAUUUGACCUGCGAGUGUAUGUGGUGGUGUUAAGCUUCCAUCCACUUGUGAUUUAUAUCUACGAUGAAGGAAUUGUGCGUUUCAGUACAGAAAAAUUUGAUUUGUCAUCCAUCAACAAUCAGUUCUCUCAUCUUACUAAUACCAGUAUUAAUAAACUUGGCCCUUCAUACAUGAUGGAUAAAGAACGUAUUGGCCCAGGCUGUAAAUGGAGCUUUGCAACCCUGCGAAACUACUUCCAUCAGCAAAAUAUUGAGUGUACUGUUCUCUGGCAACGCAUUUCAAAUAUCAUCAUAUAUACAAUGCUUGCUCAAGCACCAAGUGUACCAAAGGUGUCAAAUUGUUUUGAACUCUUUGGUUUUGACAUUCUUAUUGACAACACGCUUAAGCCGUGGCUUCUAGAGGUGAACUUCAGUCCAGCUCUUGGAUUAGAUUGUUCAACCGAUCAUAUUGUUAAGUGCGCCCUCUUAAGUGACAUCAUCGAUAUGCUGUCGUUCAGCGAUGCAGAACGAGAACGAGAGAAUGUAAUGUUCAACACUAAGCUUAAACAAAACAAUAGCGAAAUCCAGCGCAACUUUAGCCCACGUAAAUGUCAAACUCUGUGCAAACGACCUUCCAUUUCUAUGACAAAUUGUAAAAUGUCAUCCAAGAGUAGUACUACAACACAAUUAAAAUCCCCAAGGAGGAGUCAGGAAUCAAAUGGUGAAGAAAAACUACAAAGAGAAACGUCUGACAUGAAAGCAAGUCAGUCGCCUCAAACUCAUACAAAUUCAUUACGUUCCACAAAGCUAAAGACACUGUGUGAGAAAGGAAGUUCAAAUGUUCAGCCACAUAAUGAAUCUAAUGCAUCGGAGAACAGUUCAACUAAUUCACAGAGCAAUGAUUUUACUAAUUCAGGUCAGCUGAUAACUGAGAAGGCAGGUCAUCGAGUGUGUCAAUCCAGCUCGAAUUUGACAGAUGGAAAUUUGACCCAGCACAGCCACUCGCAGUCCACAGCUGGUGAUGCAAAAGCACGAACCAGGAAAAAUGUGAGCUCUGUUGUUAGAAAAAUGCCAUGGGCAGGUAAAUCACCAAAACAACCAAGAAAAUCUUGUGCAAAAGCAUCAUCAGGCAAUGGGGAGAAGGGCAUUAAAACAAAGCAGAUCCAUAAUUCAAAUAGUACCGGGUCAUUGCUGAAAACUACAAGUAAUGUUAAACAAGAGACGACUUCUGGUACAUUCCAAAAAACAUCAAAGAACAGCCCUUACGCAAGUGUGCGUAAGCCAGAAGUAAUGCUAAAUACUAAAACAGAUUUGAUGGACUUCAAAUAUAACACAACUCAUAAAAUUAAGAACGUAUUGAAACCGUCUGCAAAGGUUGGCGAUUUCAACUUGAUUUUCCCAUUCAACGAGGCCACAAAGUCUGCAAGCUCGCCAAAUCUUGAUAUUCGAACAAUCAUUCGUGAGACGCAAAAAAAGCUGCGACGAACUAUGUGCUAUGGGCCUGUACAUCAGCGUCGUAUUGUACGCAGAUCAACACAGAUGAUCAAUACAUUUGCGGGAUCAAACACUCGCAAGGAACAAGUUAUUCAGCAGCUCCCUAAUUUGAAUAUGACCUAUAGGGAUCAAACUGUUGUCACUUCUUGAAUUAAAAAUUAACAAUUCAUAUUACUGUAUCUGUGAAGCAUGGAUUUGUUGACCAUGUAAUAAGGAGCUUUGAAACAAAGUGAUCAUAUGACACACUCAGCUAUUUUAAUCAUCCUGCUUUCCCUGCACAACUGGUGGUGGCGCCAAUGCAGGCUUCAAGGAAAGUCCAUUACUCCCUUAGGAGGAAAAUACAAUUCGUCAGGGAGAAAAUAAAUUCUAUGUAAAUUUUCCGAAUGUGAGACUAAUAAAAUUGAUCAAAUAAGCCUGUCAAGUCCCUAAAUUGUAUUCAGCCUUUGGCCCCCUGUCAAGGACAGAGGACCCUCUGGUAGGCAAAUCCUGGUGUCACCACUACGCACAACAGAUUUGACACCAUGUCUCUAUAUGACAUCAUUGCUUUGAAAGUUGUUGCCUAAUAAUAAAUAGGAUUUAUAUAGCGCACAUAUUCACUUUGAAAAUGCUCAAGAUACUAGAGACAGUUUAAACAAAUUAUGAAACCAGAUAAAAAUAUUUUAUCAGUUUAAAAAAAGAUAGAUGCUAUGUUCUCACACGGCAGCUAACGGUUAGCAGGAUCCAGAUCCUGCUAACCGUUAGUUGCCGUGCUAG